AUGAAAAAUUUGAAAAACCAGAGCAAAGCUAUGAAAAUGAAAUGGUUGUGGAGAUAUGCUCAUGAGCAACAUUCCCUAUGGAAAAAGGUGAUCAAAUUGAAGUACGGAGAAUUAGAUGGUUGGGUUACUAAAGAAGCAAACAACCCAUACAGGGUUACUGUCUGGAGAUCUAUCAGAUGUUGGUGGCCUAUUCUUCUUAAUCACACUACCAUUUCAGUCAAUGAUGGUGGAAGAACUGCUUUCUGGAAAGACAAGUGGUUAGGUAAUAGGAGUUUGUCAGUAGUGUUUCCAGAUUUGUUUGAUUUAGUGCUAAACCAGAACAGUAAUGUGGCAGACAUGUG